GGAGAAGCAGGAUGCGCGGAAGAGAGAGCGUAGUCGUGAGGGCGAUCGUCAUCGGUCGAGGAAGCUACGCAAGCGAGACGUGGAUGACUUUGAGGAUCGAUGGGGUGAUGAAGAUUACGCUGAGGAAGAGCUCGCUGCGGACGGAGAGGAGGAUUUCCACGAGUCACCGUCUAAGCGGACGCGGUUGGAAGAUGGUCCUGCGUCGUCGCACUCUGAUGCAGAAGACGAAGACCUCGAUCCGGAGACCAGGGCCGAGUUGGAGCGGCAACGCGAUCUCAAGGAGAGAGAUGAGUUCGCGAAACGUCUGGCGAAUAAAGAUAACACCAAGUCGAAGAAGAUCGUUGAGGAUCGAGCAGGGACAGGCGAGGGUGCUCGACGGCGGGCGUUGGCCGAUGAUGCUGCGGCUCGAAGCGCCGCCAUGCCGGAGUUGAGAAUGCGUUCUCGUCAGGAGUAUCUGAAGAAACGCGAGGCAGAACGUCUUGCCCUGCUGCGACGACAGGUAGCGGAGGAGACGGCAGAACUGCGAGAGAACCCCAACUUGACCCGCAAGGAGAAGGAGGAGUUUGCGAGAAAUCGCGAGGUGCUGCGGAUCGCAGAGGAGAGACUACGGAUCGACGACUACCGCGAUGGCUAUAUGAUGCCGGAAGACUACAUUACGGAGAAAGGAAAGAUUGAUAGGAAGAAGAAGGAGGAGGCUCUCUACAAACGUUACGUUGACCGUGACGAACAUGGUCAGGAGCGCUUCGUGACGGAGCAGGAGGAAUGGGAGCAGGAACAGACGGCCAAGGCGAAGGCGCAGAUUUCCCGAGCAGAGUAUGUCGACGAGGGAGACUACGAAUAUGUCUUUGACGACGCACAGAAGAUCAACUUCAUCAUGGACUCGAAGCUCGAGGGUGAUCGCAAGCCCAUGACAAAGGAGCAGCGUAUGUUGGCGGAGCAGCUGGAUGCAGCUGAGAAGAAGGCUGCCUCCAUCGAAGAGACCAGGAAGAGUCUCCCCAUCUAUCAGUAUCGGGAGCAGAUCCUCCAGGCGGUGGCCGAUCACCAGGUCCUGAUUAUUGUCGGAGAGACCGGGUCCGGAAAGACCACCCAGCUCCCGCAGUAUCUCCACGAAGCAGGAUAUACGAAGAACGGUAUGAAGAUCGGCUGCACCCAGCCCCGACGAGUGGCUGCCAUGAGUGUCGCCGCGCGUGUAGCGGAGGAGAUGGGUGUGAAGCUAGGCCACGAAGUUGGCUAUGCGAUCCGGUUCGAGGACAAUACCAGCGACAAGACCAUCCUCAAGUACAUGACGGAUGGUAUGUUACUGCGCGAGCUGCUGACGGAGCCCGAUCUGGGCCAGUACUCUGCUUUGAUGAUCGACGAGGCCCACGAGCGGACGGUGCCGACGGAUAUUGCAUGCGGGCUUCUGAAGGAUAUCGCCAAGGCACGUCCGGACCUGAAGCUUCUCAUCUCGUCUGCGACGAUUGAUGCGCAGAAGUUCCAGAAGUAUUUUGACGAUGCCCCGAUCUUCAACAUCCCUGGACGACGAUACCCGGUCGAUAUUCAUUACACCUCGCAGCCGGAGGCUAACUACUUGGCGGCUGCUAUCACGACCGUCUUCCAGAUCCAUAUCACACAGGGUCGGGGAGAUAUCUUGGUGUUCCUGACAGGUCAAGAAGAGAUCGAGGCUGCAGAGCAGAGUAUACAGGAGACGGCUCGCAAAUUAGGUGGGAAGAUCCCAGAGCUCAUCAUAGCUCCGAUUUACGCCAAUCUCCCGUCAGAACUUCAGACCAAGAUCUUCGAGCCGACGCCGCCCCGUGCGAGGAAGGUGGUCCUGGCAACCAAUAUCGCGGAGACGAGUUUGACCAUUGAUGGAAUCGUCUACGUGAUUGACCCUGGCUUCGUGAAGGAGAACGUGUUCAACCCACGGACCGGUAUGGAGAGUCUGGUGGUGACGCCGUGCUCGCGUGCCUCUGCUGGACAGCGCGCUGGUCGUGCCGGUCGUGUCGGUCCGGGCAAAUGCUUCCGGCUGUAUACCAAGUGGGCGUAUCUCAACGAACUGGAGGAAAACACGACCCCGGAGAUCCAGCGGACGAACCUCAGCGCGGUCAUCCUGAUGCUGAAGUCGUUGGGAAUCGACCAGCUGCUCGACUUUGACUUUAUGGAUCCGCCGCCGGCCGAAACGAUUAUCCGCGCGCUAGAGCAGUUGUACGCUCUCGGGGCGCUCAACGACCGCGGCGAGCUGACCAAGAUCGGACGCCAGAUGGCGGAGUUCCCGACGGACCCGAUGCAGGCCAAGGCGAUCCUGGCCGCAGACAAGUACGGAUGCGUGGAGGAGGUGCUCUCGAUCAUUGCGAUGGUUGGCGAGGCCAGCGCGCUGUUUUUCCGUCCCAAGGACAAGAAGAUCCAUGCGGAUAGCGCCCGGGCGCGGUUCACCGUCAAGGACGGCGGUGACCAUCUGACGCUGCUCAAUGUAUGGAACCAGUGGGUGGACUCGGACUUCAGCUACGUGUGGGCGCGGGAGAACUUCUUGCAGCAGCGCAGUCUGACGCGAGCACGCGAUGUGCGAGAUCAACUGGCGAAACUGUGUGACCGUGUCGAAGUGACUGUCAGCAGCGCCGGGUCGAAUAACCUGAUUCCCAUCCAGAAAGCCAUCACGGCGGGCUUCUUCCCGAACGCAGCGCGACUGCAGCGUGGCGGCGACAGCUACCGGACGGUGAAGAACGGGCAGACGGUGUACCUGCACCCGUCAAGCACGCUGUUCGAGGUGAACCCCAAGUGGGUGAUCUACCACGAGCUGGUGCUGACGAGCAAGGAGUACAUGCGCAGCAACAUGCCGUUGCAGCCCGAGUGGCUGGUCGAGGUGGCGCCGCACUAUCACAAGAAGAAGGAUCUGGAGACGCUUGGUCUGGACAAGAAGGUGCCCAAGGGGGCUGGAGCGACGGGGGAGAAGAGUCGGAUCUAGGAUAAGCUCAGUGGUGUCUUGGAAAGCGCGGGGAGUUAUGCUAUUUGGGAUUGCUGUUUAUUAUAUACCAUGGUCCGGUAUACACUAUACUAGUUACUGGGCUCAAUGUAUCAUACCCUCUGGAUGGAUGAUGUAGGCGCAUAUUAAUCGCAU